ACCACAGGCGGCUGCUGCACAAAGACAGACAGAAGGACGGACAGCUAGAUGACAAACAAUUCAAAGACAAGAAAUAUAAUUUGGGUUCUUUUUUUUUUUAAAUCAAAUUUUACAUUUUAGAUUGACAUUUUUUUACUUUGUAAGUUUAACAUUUAUAUUUUAGUGAAGACGGAAAAAAGAGAAAAUGAUGAGUCUGCUUUGCAUCACAGUAAUCGCCUUGACCCUGGCUGGCAGUGCGUUCGGUCAGGAGACCAUCCCCUCCUUCGAACUAACAGUCAAGGUGUACGCUGAGCUGGGAGCCAACGUCACCCUUCCCUGCAGGCCCUUGUCCAGUAACGGACCUUCCUUCGGUAACGUCGGCAUGCGAGUCAAAUGGACGAAGGUGGCAGAGGACGAGUCACUGAAUGAGGACGUGCUGCUCUCCAUGGGAUUCCACAGGAAGUCCUACGGAAGCUUUGAGGGCCGCGUCUUCUUGGAGGAGAUCGACAACAAUGAUGCCUCCCUCACUAUAAACGAUAUGUCCAUGGAAGACACAGGAAAGUACCGCUGUGAGAUCAUCAACGGGAUGGUAGACACCAUGCAGGAGGUCAGCUUGGAGGUGCUAAUCGGUUUCACUGAAGGUGUUGUGUUCCCGUACCACCCCAAUCUGGGCCGGUACAACAUGAACUUCAACGUGGCCACGCAGGCCUGUCUGGACCAGGAUGCCGAGGUCGCCACCCCUGAGCAGCUGCAUGAGGCCUGGAAGGGAGGUCUGGACUGGUGCAAUGCUGGCUGGCUGAGCGAUGGCACAGUGCAGUACCCCAUCAACAAUCCCAGAGAGCUUUGUGGUGGCGCCAACAAUGGUCCCGGCAUUAGAACCUAUGGCCGCCGCAACAAAACAGUCAACUAUUACGACGUUUUCUGCUACACUUCUGCACUCAAGGGGCGUUUCUAUUGGCUGGUGCAGCCCGACAGGCUGACCUUCGAUGAGGCCGUGCAGGCGUGUUUAGAUGACGGUGCUGAGAUCGCCAAGGUGGGCCACAUCUAUGCCGCCUGGAAGGUCGAGAACUACGACCGCUGCGAUGCUGGCUGGUUGGCCGACGGAAGCGUCCGCUACCCCAUCUCCAGGCCACGCAAGAACUGCAGCCCCGAAGAGGCUGCGGUGCGGCUCCUUGGGUUCCCAGACAAGAGCCAGAAGUCUCACGGGGUCUACUGCUACAAGGCCGAGCAGUGAGAGGGUAGACAGGAGUAGGGAAGCCAUAACCACCAAAGAGCAGCAACAACCACAACAAUUAAAAUCAACAAUAAAGCAAAUAAGCUUUGGAUUUUAACUAGCAUGAACCCAAUACCUUUCUGAAGCUGUGAUAACAUUUUUUAAUUCCUAAAAAAUACUGUUGAUCCAAUAUUUUAAAGCCAUUCCUUUUUUUUUAUCUGUAACUCUGGAUUUGUUAAUUUUACAGACAUUCCGGUGAAGAGCAACAGAGUUAAUGUACGAUUGAUGUGACAGAGACAAGAACUUAAUGGUCUUGAAACAUCACCUAAGUUCGGUUUGUCCUCCACAGAAUGAUUAGAUACGUGAUGUAUGAACAUGUCUUAAGAACAAACCAUGAGUUAUUUCAUUUUAUUAACCAUCGCAUCAGUGAAAGAUCUGAAAUUGAUGAUCAUACGUGGCUGCCACUACUGAGCUGUAGGUAUCAACAUGUUAUAUUGCAGUAAGUAAUUGCAGAUUUCCACUAUUUUCACGAUCAAAUUGACUGUUUAUCAAAAAAAUGAAUGUAAAUGUCGUGGUCUGUGACCCAUUCUCCAUGAAUUAACUGCUCCCAUUUGAUCAACACAAUUACACGUUUUUUUUACAUUUUGACUAAUGUAACCUCAUAGAGUCGGUUGUUUCUAACAAAACGUUUUACUGUCGUAACAUCCUCUUCUUUACAUUGUUGAUAAUGUCUGCCUCACACUUACAGAUUUGUUUGUGAAGUGGAGUUUGUAGAUGAUUUACAACAAAAAACAUUUCAGUAAGAUAGUGAAAACACAACAAGACCAGAUCUUCCCUAUUUGCCCCUAAAUGUGGAUGGUUUGAUAGUCAAACAUGUUGUGAUGACGGGAUCUGAAUGUGUUUCAGAAUAAAGUGAAAACCAGCAAAAAUUUAACGGAAAUUGUCUCUAACAAUGUCGUGUGGGUGUGUUUCUGGUAAUGGUGGGCCACCAUCAGAAGAUGGCACACUUUUUAGAUACCCUGUCAGCUAAAAAAACAACACUAUUUUGAUAUUUCAUGAUUAAUUUUUUGCUACUGUAUUCUUACUGUUUCUAACAUAUGGUACUUACUGCAGGUUACAUGUGGUAUUAUGGCGAUGUAUUUUACUUCAAAACGUCUGUCAAACAUGCAUGAAAAAGAAAACGUUAAGGUAUUCUUGUUUCUUAUCGCAAUGUACCUUUUUCAACAAAACAGUUUCAAAUAAAAAAUAUAACUCAAAAUGAAA